AUGGCCCCAGACCAAGACGACGCCGUUCUGCCCGAAGGGGACCUCUCCUCCUCCUCCCAAGACGACGAGGAAGAAGACGACGUCGUCGACGACGACGAGGAAGAAGAUGACGUCGACGAUGACGACGACGUCCUAAAUGAUGAUGUCAUCAACUCUGCCUCCCCUUCCACCUCUUCUGCCGGCGCCACCGACUCUCUCCCCGUCGCCAUCGCUACUCCCACCGUCACCGUCGCCCUGCCCGCUCGGGACCCCCCUCCCUUGGCUCUGGCCACUACAACCUCCACCGCAACUACCGUAAUCGCCAACGACGCCGUAUUGUCCUCCGAUCCCAAACGACACGCCGUUCUGUCCCCCCAGCCCGAAGAGAAGAAGCCGGCGGCCCUCGACGACUCUCGGAGACUCUUCCAGAGGCUGUGGACCGACGAGGACGAGAUCGAGCUCUUGCAAGGCUUCCUCGACUACACGACGAUGCGAGGCAACAAAGGCUCGCACCACGGCCAAAACGACACCGCCUUGUUCUACGACCAGAUCAAGUCCAAGCUCCAGCUUGACUUCAACAAGAACCAGCUCGUCGAGAAGCUCCGGAGGCUGAAGAAGAAGUACCGGAACGUCCUCAACAAAAUCGCCAGCGGCAAAGAGGUUAGCUUCAAGAGCCCUCACGAUCAAGCCACGUUCGAGAUCUCCCGCAAGAUCUGGAGCAAUAUCGGCCGUAUCGGCCCUGAAGAUAACGCCUUGGACGAUGAAGAUCCGAGCCCUAACCCUAACAAUCCCAAUUUCAACAAUUAUGAGAUUAAGAACGAGGAGGCUGCUGGUUUCGCCGGCGAUAAGAAGUCCACGCCGAGAUCGCGCAAGCGCUCGCGAACGCAGCUUAGAGCCGAAGAAAAACCGCCACCGUCCCGUGGAGGUUUCGUUGAGCCAUCGCUUGUAAUUAAAGAUAAUAACAACAGCAUUAAUAACAGUAACCAUGGUGGUGGUGGUGGUAAUAGUUGCAGCAAUUGUAAUGUUCACGGGUUGAUUGAGGAGACGGUGAAGAGUUGUUUGUCUCCGUUGUUCAAGGAAUUGUUGAGUAGUGCAAUGGGCGGCGGGUCGGCUAGAGGGUUCGGAGGGUUGUCAUUGAAUCCUAUUCCAUUGAGCUUUGGCGGGCCGUCCAUGAAUUUGAAUUUUGGUGGUGGUGAAGGGGCAGAUGAGAAGUGGAGGAAGCAGCAGAUAUUGGAGUUGGAGGUAUACUCCAAGCGAUUGGAGUUGGUUCAAAAUCAGAUAAAAGUUGCAUUGGAGGAGUUACGAUCCAGCCGAGGCUGA